CACUGCUGGCCACUCGACCAUGCGAUCCUGUUCCUUCCUGCCUGUCCUCUUCCUCUUUGUGAUGAUGCUGCUGAGAGGAAAGGCUGGCCUUGUCCCAGGGGAAAAGCAGUGCAUUUCGUUGAAAGGAAUAUGCAAAGACCUAGCGUGCACAUCCUCAGAUGAUACUAUUGGCGUAUGUAACGACGUGAAGAAGUGUUGUAGGAAGUGGUGGGUGUUUGAACCCUACCCAACACCCGUUCCCAAAGGAAAGUCUCCUUAGAGGGAAGAACAUGAUAAGCUCUUCAAACUCCAGAAAACAUGGACAAGCUCUGCAAAGUUCUGCUUACUACACUCACCUUCUCCCUUGCCUGGAA